GUCACCAGAACAACGAGUCAGCGAGCAGCAGACUUGAGGCAGAAUGGCUCGAACAAAACAAACCGCCCGCAAGUCCACCGGAGGCAAAGCGCCGCGGAAACAGCUGGCGACGAAGGCGGCGAGAAAGAGCGCCCCGUCUACUGGCGGCGUGAAGAAACCGCACCGCUACAGGCCAGGCACUGUCGCCCUGAGGGAGAUAAGACGGUAUCAGAAAUCCACUGAGUUGCUGAUUCGGAAAUUGCCCUUCCAGCGUCUGGUGCGUGAGAUUGCUCAGGAUUUCAAGACUGAUCUGAGGUUCCAGAGUGCUGCCAUUGGUGCAUUGCAGGAGGCUAGUGAGGCUUACCUGGUUGGUCUCUUUGAAGAUACAAACCUGUGUGCAAUCCAUGCCAAGCGAGUAACCAUUAUGCCAAAGGAUAUUCAGCUUGCUCGCAGGAUACGUGGUGAAAGAGCUUAAUACAACAAACAUAUCAGCAAUGGACAAUGGGACCUUUAAAACAUUGCAAGGUUUUACUUAAAACUGCAAACAUUUACUGAUGGGAUUGUCAGGAUAUGGACUUGUUACAAGUGAGAAUAUGCACUUGUGUAUCUGGUAUUCAGUUUUUAUUCAGUUUUCUAAAGCUUAUUAGGGUGGUGGGGGGGGGAGCCCUUAUUGGAUUUUUAUUAAACAAUGCACAUGAAUUGAAAAGAACUGUCCUGUGAUCUUCAACAUGAGCUGCAAUGGAAAUGUUGCCCAUCACUACUAAAAGCAUACAAGUACAUUUUUUUUAUUGUAUAUGGGUUUUCUAUUGAGGUAUUUCUUAGAACAUUUUGUACCAUGUCAACUUUUUAAGAGUACUGGAAAAACGCUUCCUAAUAUCGUGUCAUUCCAUUGGUAACUCAGGAGGAAUUGAUGCAGUCUUACAUUGAGUAAAUUGCAUUGAUAUUUUGUACAUCUAGCUGAAGUGUGCAGCUUGGCAGCUACAUAUCUAUUUAUGCAUAAUUAUUUUUCAAGUUGAUCUUUUUGGGGUGUUUCACCUAUAAAUUGUUGAACUUACAAAUGUUUUAUGUUAUGUUCAUCUGUAAAUGAGUACAGUAACUUCAUAAUGGGGUAGUCUGUAUAGGAAUUGGUUUGAUCUUAGAUUGAGUAGAUUGUAUAGCACUUGUUGUGUGUGGCAUUAAAAUAACUGUCCUCAUAGAAGUACUAGACAUUGGAAGAAUAGGAUCAAACUAAAUGUGUAUUAGUUCUGAAUUCUCCCAUGUUUUCCCAGGCAUAAAGCCAGGUUUAACUAUAUGUUCAGCAUGGUCCAACGAGUGGCAGAAUGGUGAUUUUAUCCAGCCUGUGACCAUUUCCAACUUUCCCUCCCUCCCUGGUGAACAUCCUGUCACGGCAACGGCAGGAACUGGCAGUUGGGAGGACCCAGAGCGGAGAUAAUACCGGCCAUCGUGGGUCUGUCGGGAAGCCAAGCACAUCUCUUGCCAUCCGUGCUGGCGCCUGCUGGGGCAGGUAGUAAUCUACGUGGCUGAUAGGGAGAGAAUGUAAGGUGAAGCGCAGAGAAACAGAGUUUGAGUGGAGGAAGAGAGUGUGUGAGAGAGAGGAUGGAGGGGAGAGGGUGUGUGUGUGUGAGAGGAGGAAGAGAGAGAGAGGAGGAAGAGAGAAGCGUGUGUGAGAGAAGAGAGGAGGAAGGGAGAGGAGGAGAGUGUGUCCCCCCGCUAAUCAGCUGUGUGGCAAUCACUAUCUGCAGUGGGGGGACUAAGUUGCUAAGGACACGUGCGGUUGGCUUCCCGACAGACUGUAGUAACGGCUGUUAUUAUUAUUUGCACUGCUGCGUCCUGCGAGGACAUUCACCAGGGCGGGAGUGGAAUGUUGGAAAUGGUCUCGGGCAGGAUGUUGGCCUAUCUACAUUUCAGAUUAGCUGGAGGGGAAAUCAUUUUGGCAUACAAAGUAUAGAUCAGACGUGAUGUGUAAAAGGGAAACACUUUUCUCUUUCAGUAAUGCAGCCUGAUUUACAUUUAAAUUCUAGUCGCAUGUACUUAAAAGUGAAAACUGGUGAUGUGCGAUUGACCUUCAGCAUUCUGCCUUCAAUUAUGGCUCCAUUCACCGGAGCAUGUUCAGUCAGUACAGGGUUUCUCCAUCCUGCAAGACCUUGUGUAAUGUGUCAACUACAGUGAAAUGUUAUGAACAAAUGAGGAAAUGCCCCAGUUUAGAUUACUGUGUAUGUUAUGUUGAGCAAAAUUGUAAUAUGAAAACUGUACAGAAAGUUGCAAUAAAGUGUUUGAAAACCA